AUGGGAGGAGUUGUGUGGACAGUGGUGUUUGCCAUGGCUUUCAUCAGCUGCGACGCCCUCCUGGAUCUGUCUGGUGUCCACCAGGUCACGGCCACAUGGAUGGGAUCCAUCACUUUGCCAUGUACCUACGUGCCCUCAGAAGGUUUCACACAGCAAACGCUCAGCUGGAGCGUGGAGCGGGACUAUAGCACCUCUACCAUCUUUCGGAGGGACAAUUCUGGUGACCACGUCUUGUUGUCUCGGUUCCGAGACCGGGUCAGCAUCCCAAAGCACAGCCCAGGGAACGCCUCGCUCCUAAUUGAGAACCUUGAAAUCCCUGACAGCGGACACUACACCUGUCAAGUCACCUGGAGAGCUGAAAACAACAGCAUGGUAAUGAAGGAGCUGACCACUACGGUUAAAGUUGUCAAAGUUGCGGCCACCAAGCCCAUCGUCAGGGCCGGAGAGCUGGGGCUGACAGUGCCAGCCGGAGCCAGGACCAGCCUGACCUGCGUGGCCAGUGGGUCCCCCCCCAUCAGCUACCGCUGGUUUCGCGGCACCCCAGGAGGCCAAGCCCUGCUCCUGAACAGCCAGGCCGAGCUGGCGUGGGACAGCCUGCAGCCCUCAGAUGCUGGGCAGUACUACUGCGAGGCCAAAAGCAGGGUCGGGGCCAUGCAGCAGAGUGAUGCUGUCGAGCUGGUGGUGAGAG